UAACCGAGUGAACGCGGACAAUGCCGAAGCCUCCUAUUUAACACAUGCGCUAGUUGGUUGGUUGGAAUACAUUUAAACGACAAUUAAUCUCCGGAAAACACGCAAAUUAUAUAUAUUAUUUUCGUCUUGGACAGACAUGACACGCCUGGGGAUUGUCUACCUACUCGAGGCGUUGCUUGUGACACAUAGCAUCGCACUUAUAAGGGUCCCUCUUCAGAAGACCAGAAGCAUCCGCCGCAUCAUCAGCGAUAAUGGGAUGUCUCUAGAUCAAAUUCGGGCUUUGGCAAAGUCGAGCGGAUCCCCGGACAGCGCUCCCUCCCCAGAAUUACCAGUCGAGAGGCUGACGAACUUCAUGGAUGUGACAGAACGAUCGAUCCAUGGUCUUCAGAUGCCGCGCUGUCGCCAUCUCCUGGCCCAGUACUUUGGCUCCAUUAGUAUUGGCUCACCGCCUCAGGAUUUCACGGUGCUAUUCGACACCGGCUCCUCCAACCUCUGGGUGCCCUCCGUUCACUGCUCCUUCCUCGAUAUCGCCUGUUGGCUUCAUCACCGCUACAACUCAAAGAAGUCGAGUACCUACGUCGGCAACGGUACUGGCUUUUCCAUCCGAUACGGCAGAGGGAGCUUGUCUGGUUUUAUCAGUGGCGAUACAGUCAACAUAGCAGGACUGUCCAUGCCCGGACAACAGUUUGGUGAAGCAGUGAAGCAGCCCGGCAUCACGUUUGCCGUGGCCCGCUUCGAUGGGGUCCUGGGAAUGGCCUAUCCCUCCAUAUCCGUGGCCAAGGUCACCCCGGUGUUCGAUACCGCCAUGGCGGCCAAGCUGCUGCCGCAAAAUGUCUUCUCUUUCUAUAUAAGCAGAGACCCUGCAGCAGCAGUGGGAGGAGAGCUGAUGCUGGGUGGAUCGGAUCCACAAUACUACACCGGGGACCUGCACUACGUCAACGUCACACGCAAGGCCUACUGGCAGAUUAAGAUGAACGAAGUUGCCGUGGGCAACCAGCUGACUCUUUGCAAAACAGGAUGCCAGGCUAUCGUCGACACGGGGACGUCUCUGAUGGUCGGGCCUGUGGAGGAAAUCAGAGCGCUGCAGAAAGCCGUCGGAGCGCUGCCCCUGCUGAUGGGAGAGUACUUCAUUGACUGCAAGAAGAUCCACUCGCUUCCCGUUAUCUCCUUUAACAUCGGAGGGAAGAUGUUUAACUUGACUGGAGAGGAUUAUGUCAUGAAGGAGACACAGAUGGGGACUUCCAUCUGCCUCUCAGGCUUCAUGGCCAUGGACAUUCCGCCCCCUGCUGGACCACUUUGGAUCUUGGGAGAUGUUUUCAUCAGGAAGUACUACACUGUCUUUGAUAGGAGUUCCGAUCGCGUGGGAUUUGCACCGGCCAAGUAGUCCGACUCGUGAUUUUUAAAUAUAUUAAAUCGCAUUUAACUAUUGUGCGCUCUGUUAUGUUUCGCUUUCUAACUGACUAAAGAACUGCAAAUUAGGAAUUAGAAUGUAAAACUUAGAUUCUAUGGUAACGCACAGGUACCAACUCAUGAAGUUGUGGGUCACGGAGAGUAUGUCCCAAAAAGGAAGACCACUAAUAAACGAUUUUGAAAAUCCA